AUGUCCCAGAAUCAAGCAACGGGAAACCAGUCGAUAAUGUCCACAAGAGGGGGAUCCUCGUCAUCGGGAAGGGACCAAUCGAGGUCAAAGCCUGACGAGUGGUCCGAAGUGAAAGAUCCCAAUGAACGCAGGAAGAUCCAGAACAAGCUUGCGCAACGACGUUUUCGGGACAAAGUUCGAGAGCAGAAAGAAGAGGCAGAACGAGAAGUCGAGAACCAGCGUCGCGCAGGUUCUUCGUACGCCGCCCCGGACCCCGAGAAUAUCGAACAAAACCGAGACCUCUCUGGUCUUCCGUGGGGUGGCAUCUCCAUGAAGCACAUUGUGGAAACCGGGAAAUCUCGAGAGGAGAAAUCACAACGAAGUUCCCGUGAGAGCUCUGUAUAUGCGGCGGCGUCGCGCACCGGCGGCAGCAGUAGGUGA